GCCGCGGAACCCGCUCAGUUGUAGUCAGGCCGCAGACGGUAGCGUACGCGUUUUCUCUGUUCGAACUGAUCCAACUUUUCGUAAGUUCGCCAUGAUGUUGCCAUGCGUGAUCGCGGUGUUGGCUUUGGUCGGGGCUACCUUUGCGGGCCCUGAGGUCACCGAACUUAAGGUCGACGUAGUAAGCGUUCCCGAAGAAUGCGCUGUCAAGUCGAAGCACGGCGACAUGCUCACCAUGCACUACACCGGUACCUUGGACGACGGUCACAAGUUCGACUCCAGCUAUGACCGCGAUCAACCCUUCACGUUCCAAAUCGGAGUCGGCCAAGUCAUCAAGGGAUGGGACCAGGGUCUGCUCGAUAUGUGUGUUGGUGAGAAACGCAAACUGACCAUCCCAUCCUCAUUGGGCUACGGAGAGCGCGGGGCCGGCAACGUGAUCCCACCCCACGCCACUCUGCACUUUGAUGUAGAACUCAUCAACAUCGGUGACUCGCCCCCAACCACCAACGUCUUCAAAGAAAUCGAUGCUGACGCCGACAACAUGCUGUCCCGUGAAGAAGUGAGUAUAGAGUUAGCGUUCCAAGCAAUGGAUACCGAUGGAGACAAAGAAUUAUCUCGCGAGGAGGUCAGCGAGUACUUGAAGAAGCAGAUGGUUCCGUCUGACGGCGCCGAGAUGAGUGAAGACAUCAAACAGAUGCUGGAGAGCCAUGACAAGCUCGUGGAGGAAAUCUUCCAACACGAAGAUAAGGACAAGAACGGUUUUAUUAGCCAUGAGGAAUUUUCAGGGCCUAAACAUGACGAACUUUAAAUAAUUUAAGCUAGAGAACUCGCUCCCGACUCAACUCUGAUUUCAUAUAAACAAAUAGGUACCUCGGGAGACGAGUCGUAAGACUUGCGUGCAACUGAUUACAAUUAAAUUAUACACAGUCAUAUGUAAUUCUAAUAAUAGCCCCGCAUCGUAAUGAUGUCGAUCUAUAAUAUUUAGAGUUAAAGAGAGUAUGUGAGUCAGUUCUAUAAAGUUUUGUUGAGUCUUUUGUACUUAGUUUAUUUACUUAUGUUGUUGGUGUGCCGGAGUUUGUUAUUAGAAUAUUAAGUAAUAUAUACUUUAAUUUACCUGAGUAUGUAUAACACAUUUAUUCCAUUUUCAGCAUAAUAUUUUCUCUCGAUGUCUAUUUUGCAUGUAAUGUAACAUUUAAAGGUCAACAUAAUAUUAUAAUCAAAUGUAGUAGAUUCAAGCAUAUAAUCACAAUAUUACUUAUUAAAAAUCAUGUGUGCAUCCGACAUUAUUGUAAAAUGUCCGAUUGUAUUAAUCUACUUAGAUUUAAUGAAUAAGUACUUUAGGUACAUACAUACUACAGUACAGGGGCCAUGAUGCCCCGUACCCAUAUAAUCAGAUCUGUUUGUUCCAAGACUACAGCGCCUGUAUUUUAUGUUGACUAUACGAACUAAAUUCAAAUACUGUUACUCCACUUGCUAUUUUAAAUGCGUGAGGCAUUCAAUCAUAUUUUGAAUAACUUUCUGGUCCAAUUUAAGUUCUUAUGUACCUACUUUGUCUAUAUUAUCUACUUGAAUUUUUAUGUACUUAUGUAAAUACCUGUAGGUACGUCGUCUAGGACAACGAUUACCUGUUCGGCAUUCAUUCCGCUGUGGUUUUAAUAUUAAACGUAUUUAUACCA